UGAAGAAUUGGUACAUGUAUUUGUACAAAAUAAUUACAAGAAUAGGGCAUAAUCAUUAUAUAAAGGAAAUGUUUUGUUCAACUAUGUGUAUGCUGUAAUUCACAUUUUUAGGUGUUUUGUUUGUAUCAGUACAUUUUUCUAGCGCCCUAGUCAGUCUUGACCUCCAUUUGUGAUGAAUGCGUCGGACUUGUCGAUUAUAGGCUGUCGCGUCAGUAUAAUAUCUAAGGCUAAGAUAAGAUAUGAAGGAAACCUUCACUCUAUAGAUUUUGACACGCCCAACGAACCUGUUAUUACUCUUUCAAAGGUUUGGUCUUUUGGCACUGAGGACCGCCCUUGUGAGCGACCAGUUGCUCCUCGGAAUGAAGAGUAUAAUCAGGUGGUGUUUCGUGGCCGGGAUCUAGACGAUGUACGUGUCGUGCAAUCUUCUGUAUUUUUAAAUGAAGACUCUGCAAUCGUUAGUGCAGCACCUGGGUCUGCUUUGUCCCACCCUCCUGGACUCCCAGUUAAUGAAAGUAGAGGUCGCUUGGAUCUUAAUCCUAGUCGUGUUUCUACUGGAUGCUCAGAAUUGUCUCCCAUACCAGCAUCUCAAUCUGUCUCACUUGAUAGCCUAAAUCAGAAUACCUACCCAAACAAUUCUUCGUACCAGAUGCCUGCAGUUGGUUGUCGGCCGGCUCCUAUAGGGACCGUUCAUGCUGAUAGCCCCCAGGUUUCUGAUACACGUGGCCAAAGACCAUUUGGGGAUAUGCGUAGCGACAUAGACCCAGGGAUUUUCAGCACAUCUGGAAGAGGAGGUACAAGUUCUAGGGAUGUUCAAGAGUCUGGACUAGGUCCUUCUAGACAUCGUGCCGUCUUAGGAUCUGGUGUGCAUAACGACUACCCACAGUCAUGGGUUAACCGAGAUCAAGGGGUUAGAAAGGGUGACACUCACAAAAAUACACCUAAUUAUUAUCAGGGGAAUGAUUACUCAAGAGAUAGACGCGGAGGAUAUAGUCAACAAUGGUCAGCAAACCAUCGUGGCUCCAGGGGUUCUGGGCAUACUUAUGGUGGUUGGGGUGGUCGGUCAGCGGGUGGUCAUGAUUGGCCUAAAUUCAGGUCAAAUGCAUCUACAGUAAAUGAGCACACCAACUUUUCGGUAGAAUAUGACUAUGAAAGAGCUAACGCAGAACUUGCAGCUGAGUUGGAAAAAAUAACGAUCAGUACUAAAACAGGUUCGUCAGGUACUUCCGUCGACAACGCGGAAAAUGAUGGUAGCAGCACAACUGAGGAUGAAAACACGUGCUAUGAUAAAUCCAAGUCGUUUUUCGAUACUAUUAGUUCCGAGAUGAUGGACCGCGCAAAUGGUCUAAAUCCUCAAGGAAUGAACAGACGGGACGAAAGACUCCUCAAUUCAGCAACUUUUGGUACUGUUCCACAGCAGUAUCCCAGAAGAACAGGAUAUCACAAUCAACGUUCUUUUGGAUAUGGCCAAAAAAGAGGGAGUAAUUCAUCUAGUGGUAACUUCUGGCGAUCUAGUGGUACUGGAACAAAUAAGUCCCUAUUCUCCAAUUCAUCACACGCACCUCUUCCAACAUCUGGACGAGCUGGUUGAUAUGGGCCUUGUACAUUUUACUGCAAAUAAUUACUUCAAUACGAAACUCCUUGAUACAAAAUGAUCGACCGAUAUUCAAACUUAUCUCGGUCUUUACAGAUGACUUACUAACUCAUGUUUCUAUGGGACUAAUUUAAUUAUUUUUGAUUGAUAAAAUGCAUACUGUAAAACCAGCUAGUGCUUCUGUUGGUAUAAUACUGUUCGAAAUAGAACUGUUUUGUGUUUAAACACGGUUGCAUUUAUUGUUUGUUGUAAUUGCUUUUCGGUCUGACUGUUGGUUUAGUUCGAGCAGUUUACAUUUUCUGAAAUAUAAUCAUGUAAAUACCUGUUUUGCAAAUAUAUUUGAAAUAACUAAUUCA